AACAUUACUUCGGAUUACACAUGUACGAGAAUAAUUUUUUUGUUAUUUUGAAUCUCGCGCGAAAUUCGUGGUUAUAUUCGGAUCACACUACACAACAACAUUCUCACCAUAUGAGAGGGAUAUUUUCAGAUGAGCGAAGCUGCAAACCCUUGAUUCGUAGUCGCAGUAUGCUUUGACGCGUGUUUCACAGUCUUGAUUGAGAAAAUAUCGUUGCAUCAGUGCGCAUUUGGCUUGUUUAACUUUUUGAGAAUAAUUUUUGUGAAAAAUGGCUAAUUGUGUUGAUUUGAACAAUGUUCAUGAUGCCGAAGAAGAUGAUGCCGAAGAAGUCGGUACGGAUUGUGAUUUGGACGAAAGACCGGGUACACCGGAUGAACUGAUUGAAAUGGCUAAUUCAGCGUCGAAAGAACUUUUGCCAUUUAAAUCGAAAGCGAGAUACGAGCAAACGUUACGUGAAUUUAAAAAUUGGCAAGAAACGAAGAAAACAACAUCUAAUUCGGAACGGGUGCUGCUAUCAUAUUUUAGUGAGCUUAAAGGGCUAAAAGGAAAAUUGUCGCCAGCUACACUGUGGUCGCGAUUUUCAAUGUUAAAGGCGACAUUGAAAAUCUAUGAACAUGUGGACAUUGGAUCGUACACGUCGUUAACUGCUUUCCUGAAGGUACAGUUAAAGGGACACAAACCGAAAAAAGCCAAAGUUUUAACCGAGGUUGAAUUGCGACGAUUUAUUGAGGAAGCCCCCGACCAUGUCUGGCUUGAUGUGAAAGUUGCUUGCAUAUUUGCUAUCUUUGGAUGUUGCAGAAGCCAUGAAUUUCCGAGUAUCGAAAUGAGUGACAUCACCCGGUACCCCGACAUGUACUACGUUGAUAUUAAAGAAACCAAAACGAGCACACCGAAUGCGUUUGCCAUAACCGAACCAUUGGUCAGUGUGGUGAAGCGGUACGAGAAUCUGCGUCCGCCAAAAGCUACAUCAAAUCGAUUCUUCUUGAAUUUCCAAAAUGGGAAAUGUACCGUACAAGUUAUAGGUAAAAAUAAAUUUUACCAAAUGCCUCGACGUAUUGCUGAAUUUUUGAAAUUACCGGACGUUGAUCGUUACACAGGACACUCCUUCCGCCGAUCUUCUUCAACUUUGUAUGCGAACACAGGCGCGAGUAUUGAAUCGGUGAAACGACACACAGGACACAAAUCUACUAAGAUUUGUGAAUCUUAUAUAGAAGACUGCAUCGAGAACAAGCGGAAAAGAGGGAACGAGAUAAUGUCCGCGUUAAAUAAUGCAUGGCCGCCUACUGCUCGUCCGAGCAGCUCAUCCGAAGCUACUACCGAUUCGGGUAGUCGUCGUUCUGUAACAACGUCUUCCGCUAGUUCGACUUCCGCACCUGUUGAAGAUCGUCAUUCCGUCGAUUUUCGAACCAUUGCGUCAGGGUUCUCUUCGGCUGAUACGAACAACCGAUCUGAAAAUCGUCGCUUGUCAUUAUCUUCAACCAGCUCAUCCGAAGCUAUCAGCGAUCCGGGUAAUCGUCGUUCUGUAACAACCUCUUCCGCUAGUUCGGCUUCCGCACCUGUUGACGAUCGUCAUUCCGUCAAUGCAUCGACAUUUUCAGCCGGUCGUACGACUGAGUCUCCAAACCGUACCGAUUCGAUGGAUGUCGCACUAUCGCAGGAAAUGGUUUCCGCAGACUUCGGUGAUACUACCGCACACGUGAAUACAUUCGAGUCAACAGAAUUGUCCACUCAAAGCAUCAUGGCGAAAAUGCACAAACAGAUGAUAUUCUACAAGUGCGACAAUUUGACCUUAAAUCUAAAAUAAUAAUUUGAAACGUUUCAACGUACCCGUACAUUGUUUUUACUCGAAUUUCAUUUUGAAUAUUUUUUUGUUUAUCGUUCAGUCGUCUAAUUGAUUUGAACACAUUGUUGCUUGGAAUCGAACUUUGAAUAAUAAUUUAAAACGUUUUAUUGAAUACAUACGU